UAUGGCGGCUGAGGCAUUUCCGGUGCGGUGGCCACCGGGAUUCGCACGCUGAAGGGCAACAGAGCGCGGCUGGCCCGGUGACCUGUCAGCAUCAGGAGGUACUUUUCGUGUGAGCUGGAGGUCAGAGGAAUAACUUGACCAUGUUCCUGACGAAUAUCCUCCUGCGGAAAGGCAUAGGUGGUGCCCAAUGGAUUGGCAAGUACAGACGGCCUCGGGAGGUCACAUGGUGCAUGAAGAACAAUAUGAUAAAGAGGCUGGAAAUAGAAGCAGAGACGGAGUAUUGGAUCAGCCGACCCUACAUGACCAAGGAUCAGGAGUUCCGGCAUGCCGCAGAGAGGAGGCACAGACGCUUCGAGGAGGUGAAGGCCCAAAAGCGGGCCAAAUUCCCUCCUCACAAAUACGUGGCUGACCAUUUAGAUCAUCUGAAUACUACCAAGAAAUGGACUAUCCUGUAACUGAGUUGUUCUCUGCACUUUGCAUUCUUGUGGAUAUUAAUAAAUGUAUUUCCUAAACCUGGCGAAUUAC